ACAGUCCGAGGUCCGAGAUCGUCCCUCCGGCGGGCACAACACAGCCAAGGGGAGCAGAAGCCUCGGUGUGUAAUCCAGCCUCCAGGAAUCCAAGGCACCAUGGCGGCCCCUUCCCGCCACGCCCGCUAGCACCACGCACGCCAGGCCACCAGCACCAGGACGCAGCGAAACAAACACUGUAGCCCAGGAUGGCUGCAUACGAGAAGCUGGUGCGAGCCCUUGAGGCCGUCAAGUUCACCCAGGGCAACAGCAGCACUGGAGCCACCUUCCCCCCAGCAGCCGCCCUUGGGGGUUUGGUGGGGGUGGAGCAGCAGCAGCAGCGGCCACUGGGUCCGAAGGCCUCAUUUGCCACGUCAUUAACACAGCAGGGCCAAGGACUUCUCAGCAGCAAGAAGGACCAGAUCCUGAGCAGCAAGGAGAAGGCAGCCACUUGCUCUGUGAUCGCUGACGCUCUGGUCUCGGCCAAGCCCACUGAGAUUCAGAAGCUGCUGUCUGUCGGCAUUGAGACGCUGCUGCUGCUGACGGCUGACGCUGACCCUGAUGUGCGGACCAAUGCCAAUGAAUCCCUCAACAGGGUCAUCAGGAGUUUGUCGGAGACCCAGCUGGGCAAGAUACAAGUGGAGCUGUACAAGGAGAUCAAGAAGAAUGGCUCAGUCAGGAGUCUCAGAGCUGCCCUCACACGCUUCGCUGCCUUGUGCCAUCAUAUCAGACCUCAAAAAGGGCGAGCAUACGUCCAAAACUUGCUGCCAUAUGUGACGAGGAUGGCGCGGCGCACGGAGGAGCCCCUUCUGGAGACCCUCGCCGCGGCCCUCGAGAAGAUCAUGCCAACCCUCGGCCACUUCACCAACGACAACGAGAUCAAAAACCUCCUCAAGGCCUUCCUGCCAAACCUAAGCCACACAUCUUCGGCAGUGAGGCGGUCAGCUGUCACCUCCCUUCUAGUCCUCUGUUGCCACUCCCGCAAGCCUCCGAUGUUCCUCUCCUGGCUCCUCACCACCAUCCUGCAGACCCUGGUGCCGGUACAUGACGAUGCUCCCACUGGCCAGGUCCUAGGGUGCCUGCUGUGUCUGAGGGCCUUGGUGCCGCAUCUCGCUCGUCUCUGCCCGCCGACGCUCCCCUCAGAUCAGCAGGGGCAGCCCACGUCGCACCUCCAUCAGGGGGAACACACCGUCUCCUAUGACCAAGUGUUGCAGGUUUAUGAAUUGUGUCUCCAUUAUAGUUCAAACCCAGACCACAAUAUCAUCACGGCGAGCCUGGAAACACUGCAGGCCUUGCUGCAGCAGCCCCCCACGGCCCUGCUCCUGACCCUCACAGCUCCCGAGGGCAUCUCCAGGUCCAGGAUCAAGGCUGACCCCCGUGCCAGCAUGCUCUCCUCCAGGGUGUCCAGCCAGGUCAGUGUGGCAGCGUCUCUCUUUGAGGAUGAAGGCGCAGUGACAGACUUCGGUGUAGGGAGCGAGCGAGUCAGUAUGGACAUGGACACCCCAGACGGCAAAAUAGACAUCGAGGAGAGCACACAAGUAGAGGAGGACAGCACAGUGGACGGGGGAGGAGACGAGGGCGGUGGAGGAGGUGGUGAGGGUGGCGAGGGGAGGUGCGCUGAGGGGGAGGAGGAUGAACUCAGUGAGGAUGUGAAUGACCUCUACUCCAGCAUCGAAAUUGGACAGAUCUCGGACACGUCCCUCCUACUUGGCCGAGUGGAGAUGAACCUGAGUGGGAGCGAGAAACCCGGCACCAGCUGGGAGAAGAGGAAGCACCCGCCCCGCAUGGCUGCCUUCGCCCAGAACAAGUCGCAGGAUGAGAAGCAAGUGUCGUUUGAUAAGGCAAACGGGUCCAUCGGCACAUUCCUUGACGAGGACUUACCUGUGAAGUACUUGGUGCGUUACCUGACCUCGUCCUUCCUGCUGUCGGGUCACCUUGGGUCGCUGGUGCCGGACCGGACGGUGAGGGUCAGCGUCAAGGUGCUGGCCUUGAACUGUGUGGGCCUGGCGGGGGUGGUCAUGCCCUCCAUCCUGGCCCAGCCGCUGUUCCUCGACGCUGUGGGGGAAGUGGAGUUACUGCAACACGUGGACGACAUUCUUCGCUUCCACAGCCACGCCGACCCCCAGAUCGGCGCCAGCGUGGGCAUCGUCAUUGGCCAGUUCAUCCGGGCGAGCCUCGUGCACGGCUGUGGCCAAUACAACGACUUCAGCCGCCCCAGCCUGACCCUGUCCUCCCUCCUCGAAAUCCUGUGCAAGCUCCUCGGCCACGACUCGAGUGUAACGUCCCGAGGCGCCAUCACGGGCCUGGGGCUGUGCGUGGAUGAGCUGCUCCACUCCCUCCACGCCUCCGUCAUCCUCUCUGUCCUCCCGCACCUCAUCAAUGUCGCCUCCAACCCUUACUGGCUAGUCAAGGUGGAGCUGUGUGACCUCCUCUCAGGCCUGCCACUCAGCUUCACCGACCACGUGGAGAGCUGCGGCAACACCUCCACCCCGGGCAGCUUCGUCCCUCUCCCCCCGGCCGACAGGUUUUCCCACCGCAUGCUGACGGCUGUCCUCGUGCCCCUGCUAGCGGACCAGGACCCCAGAGUGAGGAUAGCUGCUGCCUCGGCCUGUGUCAAACUUGUUCCUGAGAUCAUGAGUUCCAGCGCCCUCAUCCACAAGGCGGCGUCCACCCUGGCUCACAGCGGCCACCUCCGGGAAGAGAAGGAGGACCCAGCCAGGAGCCCCGGGCCGCACCACCACUGGGACUGCCGCAGCCUCCCCUCGCCCCCUGUCCCCCCCUUCCACUGUCUCUUCUCGGACGGGAGGGGCCAACUCGCCUUCAGCAGUGAGCACCAGGGGCAGGGUUUACAGUCCGUGCACAGCCAACACACGGAGGACUCGCUCUCCCGCCUCAUCUACGCCUUCACCACCCACCUCAUGACGUCGAAUAACAAGUUCCUGGUGCUUGGGUGUGUGGAGGCUCUGGCACAGCUCAGCGAGAGGUACCCCCCAGCCCUCCACUCCGCCGCCUGGGGUUGCAACAUUCCACAUUCACAGUCCAGUGAGAGCACCAACACUCACAUUGGGCUGAUCACUCUAGUCCUGUCGCUCGCCGGGGAGUCUACCAUCGCAGGCGACCUCUCCGUGCAGCAGAACAUCCUCACCAUUGCCUCAAACAUCCUGGCCGGAAUUGCCGUUAGCGUGUUGAGGUCGAAGAAGGAGAGUGCUGGAGCAAAGACACCGUGGUCCUUCCUUGGGGCUCCGCAGCUGACGUCAGUGGCAGAGGCGGUGGUCCAGCACAUCCUACGAGUCCUGUGCAUCUACUCACACGUGCUGGAGGACAUCGUGCCAGGAACCCGACCCUCGCUGGCGCCCCUUGCCCCCCCUGCUGCCAUCUCGCCCAUCAAGAGGCGGUCACGAGCCGAGACUUCCGGGGACAAGAACCGCCAACAAUCACCCAGCGGAGGGGACAAACCAGAGACGGAGGAGAAGGAUCGGCGGCCAGGGAGGUCAGGCUCGAUAGGGUCCUUUGCCCAUAUGCCGGAGUAUAUCAAGAUGUACGACGUUCUGAAGAAUGCUCACACUAACUAUAAGAUGUCCCUGGAGGAGAGCACCACGGAGAAGGUGUGUGGGCUCCUGCGUGUGGCGCUUUCCAGUCUGGGGCGGCUCCUGGAGGUGGCGUCCAUGGUGGAGUUUGGGAAGCUUGCGGAUGAAGUGUUGCAGUACCUAAAGGCUGUCACCACCCUGCUGCCCACCCUGACUGUGCAGUGCGGACAACAGCUGCUGAAGUGUCUCUUUGGCUCGAAUGUGAUGGCUCUGUGUGAACAACUGUCUCGCAAGGGGUCAUCAGAGACACUUUCCCGGGGUGGUGCCGAGGGAGGGAACGCAGGAGUGAGGAUGGAGGAGCCCAGCCUGCACCACCUCUGCUUCAACCUGCCCCUCACCCAGCUGGAAAAGGACCUCUCGGACUUGUCUGGGGAACGGCAGGAUGGCGAGUCUGUCAGCACCUUCAGCCUGACCCACCGCAAGAGCAGCUCAAACCUCUUCAAAACCCUUGGACGCGGCAACGACAAGACCUCCCUCAGCUCCUACAUCAGACUCUUUGAACCUCUCGUCAUCAAGGCGCUGAAGCUCUACACAGUCUCGAGCGACGUCACCAUGCAGCGGUCCGUCCUGCAGCUGUUGAUCCACCUGGUGCAGAUCCGGGUCAACUACUGCCUCCUUGACUCGGACCAGAUCUUCAUUGGCUACGUGAUCAAGCAGUUUGAGUACAUCGAGGAGGGACAGAUCAAACAGGCGGAGGAGCUGAUUCCCUCCAUGUUCCGGUUCCUGGUGCUGCUGUCCUACGAGAGGCACCACAGCAAGAGCAUCAUUGGGGUGCCGAAGAUCAUCCAACUCUGCGACGGCCUCAUGGCAAGUGGGCAGCCUCCCCUGUCGCACUGCAUCCUUGCGCUGCAGCCGCUGGUGGAAGACUUGUUCCUCGUACGCAGCAGCACCAGCACAGCCGACCAGCGGGAGUUGGACGCCCAGCGGGAGGUGCUGUGUUCCAUGCUGCUGCGGCUGGCUCACUACCAUCAGGUGCUGCAGCUGAUCUCCCUGGUGCUGGGUGCCACACGAGAGACCAAUGGGGACCGCUGGAGGAAGCUUUCACGGCAGGUUAUUGACACACUCCUGCCCUUCAUGUCCAAGCUCCAGGUCAACCUUGACUCAGAGGAGUCGCUCAGUGCAGUGGAGGAAGUAAUGAAUGGCGUGUGUGCUUCUGUUUACCGGCCGGUUGACUGUGUCCUCAAGGCCCUCUUCACCUCCCCUUGUGAGCUGGAGACGACGGUGGGUGUGGAGCGGUGGGUGGGCGGGGUGCUGCUGCUGCUGCGUGCCCUCAUCACACACUCCACCUCAGAGCUCGUCCUCGCACGCCUCGAAGAGCUCGGUCUCAGCAUGGACUACAUACACACAGACACCUUGCCAGACUCCUCCUCUGCUUCCGGCGCCACCUCCACCACCACCACUACCACCACCACCGCCCCAGCCCCAGUCGCUCCGCAACCCCAGGGGCCUCCACGUCCAGCCUCACUCCCGCUCCCAUGUAUAGAGUCGCUGCCAAACUUCCGUGACCCUCUCAAUGUGACCCAGCCAGAGACUCAACCCCAGGUGGCCAUGGCAAGGUUCCUGCUGGAGGUGGUGCGGGUGAGUGUGAGUGAGAUCAGGAGUGUUCGUCUGGCUCUCCUUAGCAGUGGUCUGGGGAGUGAGGGGGCCGGCCAGCACUCCCCCGACAUGCUGGUGCACCUCUCACAUCACCUGGUGCUCACCCUCCUCCACCUCACGCUGUCCAACCAGUGGCGGGAAGUGAUCAUCUCGCUCAAGGACAUCUGCAGCAGGGAGGUGGAGCUCAUGGAGGAGAUCAGCGAGGCCCUGCUCUUCGUGUCCGGCUGGUACCCACCACUCACGCUGCUCUGGUGCAAGCUCCUCACCUCCCUGGACCUCACCUCCCAGCACCUGUGGACCCGGGUGCUCAGGACCUGCCAGCGCAAGUCCGUGACCAGCGUAAGCAGCCCAGUGGUGAGUGAGGCCACAGGACCCUCCAGCUGCCUGUCCCUUGAGUUCAUGAGGCGGUGUGGUCUGCUGGUGUUUUCAGAGUUUGUGGUGCGACACAUGCAGGAGGGGGAGUGGCUGACGUGGCUGGUGGUGCAACACAUAAGUGACGUGGUUCUGCUGCACACCGAGCCGCCAGUCCACACGCUGCUCCAGUCCAUCCACAGCUCACCCGCCGCCUCCGCCCUCCUCAUCCAGGCCAUCCACGCGCGAUGUGAUUAUGUCCACAAGGCCGAGUACGGAGGGCACAUCAUAUCCCUUGUGUCUGGGGUGCACAUCUCACAGUCCGGUGCGUUGGUCAUCUUCAUCGUGGAACGGCUGCUUGCGUCACCCUACCUGGCCGUCACCAGAGCCGCCUGCGCCCUGGCCACGCGACGACUACAGCUGCUCCUGGCCAUGUCUCCGGGCCAGGUCGCAUCUCAGUUACCCCUCGAGGACACCACCAAGAUUAUCUCCUUCCUCAAAAACCACAAACUUGUAAAACGGUAUGGGCACUUGUAUGGCCUGCUGGAGCGUCUCGUAGGGCAGGUGCAUGGGAUAAGUGUGGGGUCUGGCUCUGAUGCAUCCCUCACCUCGCCUCCCCACCACACCACAGCGCCCUCGGCCACCAGACUGGACCUCUCAUGGUACCUACAGUUAGUAAGGAAUAGGUGUCAGCAUGGCGAGGGGGGCGGCCUGGAGUGUGGACAGCUGCUGAGCCACCUGGAGUACAGUGAGAUCAUCAACGUCAUGUCGGGCAAGUCGUUCAACACGGCCCUGCUCACACACACACUCAGACUUGGCCUCACCUCCACCCUGCAGGCUAACCGUGACUGGGGCGAGUGCAACAGCUCCGUCGAGACAGGGGACAGCGAGGAGUGCAGCAGCGGCAGUGGCCAGGGGGAGGCGCCUCUGUACACGGCCAGCAAGGUCAUCCUCCUGCAGCACCUGGCCCGGGUCGCUGCCUCCCUGCCACGCCCACACCACACCUUCACGCCAGGUGGCGGCAACAAGUACAGUGAGCGGGUGUGCAAGCUGUUGGCGGGUGAGGACGGCAUCGGCAGCGUGGUGGACACCCUGGCGCCGGCCGUGGUGGAGUACCUCGGGGGCAUGACACGCCUACCCUGGGGUGCUCAGGUCCUCCCAGAACACUCAGAACAUAUCCUUAGAUUUGCACUGCUGGCCAUGGAGUACCUCCAUUGGCAAGUGUGGCUGGGCAGUGUGAGCAUUGAGGUGGCCAGCCUGUGCCUCAGCUGUGUGGACGCCGUGCUCCGCUGCAGCACACUGGCGGGGCUGCUGGGCCUCUCCGACAGGACCUCAUACGUGUGCUCCGUGGUGGCUGCCCUGCAUGCUGCCACAUCCCACCUCGUCAAGCCCCGGGCACUGCCAAGCCUCCCAGCGCCCCUGAUGCAGUGCCUGAACGGCGGGGAGAGCAGCCUGCUGGUGGCCUGCCGCAGACUGAUGCAGCUUGUGGUGUUUCUAGAAGGCGGCAACUUGCGUCACCUUCCCCCGUGUGUCGCCCAGCCCAUCAGGGGCAUCACCAUGGGCGUGGGGCGAGUCCCUGCCCUCAACAGUGUGGUGCGGGUGGCCCCUGAUGUGUGGGCCCUUGGUUGGACGCCUCAGUUCACGGGGGAGCACAGCACCUCCCUCCCUCCAGUCCCUGUUGACUUGCUGCAGGAGACAGAUGUUCUUAAGCAGUUCAUUUUCAGGAUGGAGCUGUUUGGGUGGAUUGGGCGGCAGCAGUUUGAGGAGACGUGGAUGGCCCUGCUGUCCGUGCUAAACGCCACCCCGAGCGAGAGCACUCCACCGGCGGAACUGCCCUUCAUCAACCUGAGUCUUUCUUUGGCUGUGCGCGGCAUCACUGCCCUUCUCAUCCAGACUUUACUUCUGCCUGUCCCCGGCAACCCCCACAGUGGCCACCUGUUAAGCCUGCCACGAGACAAGCCACCGUCCUACCUCACCUCGAAGGCCGGACACAAACUGCAGGAGAUCAUGUCACGCCUCCACGACAAACUACGGGAGGUCCAGCACCUGACCCGAGGAGGCCCCCAGCAGACGCCACCCUACCACCUGGGCCAAGCAUCUGUCGAGUACCUGGUGACGGCACUCAACAGCCACGCAGAGCCGCCAGACUCCCCCGACACCUACCUCCAUACAGGCUGUUAUGAGUUUGAGAUCCGAGAACAGCAACUGGCGAGCUGUGGUCUUGAUGUGCAGUCCUGCCUCCACUUCCUCCACUACCUUUAUUCCUCUUGGCUGCGUCCACAGAGUGGCUUGUGUGCGUCAGUAGUGGCAGAGGUGGUGAAGUCUGUGAGCUGCCUGUGUGAUCUGUUUUGUUCCGCGGCGCACCAUCGCUGGGUGCUGGAGUCGCUGAUCCCCCUACACACCCUGCACCCCAUUGAGGACCACAUAACCCAGCAGUACAUCAUCCUGGCCACCUGCAAGGCUUUGGCGACACUCAGGCUGGCCAAGCAGGAGGUGAGCUCAUCGCUGAGUGAGGGCGUGGUGCACAUCGUGGAGGGCGGACUCAAGAGCGGCCAGGUGUCGGUGCGUUCCUGUGCGGUUCAGGGGCUUCUCUACCUGCUGCAGGGGCCCCCAGAGGACAGCCCGCCCCUCAUCAUCCUGGCAGCUAACUACAUCCUCAAAUACAACGAUGGGAAGAGCCGUGAGUGUGAGAGCCAUGAAGUCGGGGUGUGGGAGGUGUGGGUGUACCUGGUGGAGCAUUAUGAGACCCUUCCAGACCCCACACUGCCCUCCACUGCCCUCCACAUGGCCCUCACCACUGCAGCCUCCCUCACCACCACCCCGAGGCUCCUUCACCAGGUUCUGAGGGGCGUGGAGCGGCUGGUGUUGGUGCAGCAGCUCUCCAGCAACACUGUGGAGGUGAUCUCAAAGCUGGUGAUGGAUCUGGUCUUGAACGGCACUCCCUCCACCUCCAUCGCUGCCCUGCCCCUUUUCAUCACUGCCCUGUAUGCCAAUGUGAGAAACAAUGCGGCACUUGAACCAGGAGUCUCACAGGACAGCAACGCAUCAGACCCAGAGACUCUCCUUCUAGUCAUGGAAAAACUUUCCGUCUUCUUUGAUCGGAUCCGUGUUGGGUACCCGCAUGAGGCCGGGGUGGUGGCUGGCCUGCUGGGACCGUGCCUGCUGGACAUCCUCCCAGCCAGCCAGAUCCUCAACAAGGUCAUUACCGAAUACAUAUCCUCCCACCAGCCACACCCUCACCUGCUGGCCUCGACACUGUUCCAGGUGUUUGAGGGAGCCAUCGGGGAGAGUGGGGAAGGUCUGGUGCAGGAAUGGGUGCUUCUCUCCCUCAGUAACUUCACCCAGCGCAGCCCUGUAUCCCUGGCUGUCUGGUGCCUCACUUGCUUCUUCAUUGCUGCGUCCAGCAACAGGUGGCUGAGAGCUGCUUUCCCCUCAGUCCAGGCUCGGUUGGGUAAGCUGGAUGCAAGAGACAUACAGAUCUUCUGUCUGGCUGCAUCCCAUUUCCGGCAGAGUCUUGCCACUGAGGAGCAGAAGGUCAAGUUUGAAGCCGUGUUCCAGGCUGUGGCUACUCCAGGCUCCCCUUUUCAGGAGCUGCUGGAUUGCAUUAAAGACUAAAAUUAGAGGAUGUAAGUUUUGUAGAGCUCAUGUGAACCAGCCAGUUCAGUUCCCGUCACUGCUGUUUUAGUCCAUCUAACUUGACUUGUAAGGUAAUAAUUUCAUAGUAAUAGAAAUAUGAGCUUCCACUUUGACUUACUGAAAUUGACAUUUGCCUGAACUGGUUAAAGGUGUGAAUGCUUUGUACAUACUUAUAUUGUGUACAUAUAUUUAAAACUUAUUGUAUAGUUAUCAAGAGAAAUAUUGUUGAUAAUAGUCACAUAAUACAGUUAAUUAUAUUAGACUCAUCGUUUUGUAAACACAUCUGACAAAGGAACUUUAUAUAUAUAUAUUUUAAUUCUUCUUGAACUCAAAAUCUAUUUCAGAAAGUUAGGUGCAGGGCCCCACGGUGCUCAGGCUGUGGGGCUGCAUGUGUGCCCCUCUUGGCGGGUGUGGGUGUGGCCUGUCCUGGUGCUGGGGCUGUCCAGGCCAGCACCCGCCCUGAGGAGGGUUGGCACUGGGAAGGGCAUCCAGUCAGAAACUAGCCUCGGAGAUCACAGCCAACCCAUAUAUAUGUAGAAAUGGCUGUGAUAUGUGGGUGAUAUUUCUAAUAAAAUAGUCUCUUAAAUGUUGACAUUCCAA